AUGGGGGACCAGAGGAUGCCAGAGAACCAGCCCCCUCAGUUACCCAGUUACAAGCAUGUCUUAAAGCACAAGACAGAACAACUAUCUUCUCCUUUCAUGGAAAACCAUUACCAACAGUUUUCUCAGGAAAAACUGGGUAACUUCACUAGAUACUAUGAACCUCAUGAAGAGAUACUUUCAGGAACCAUUUGUGGGACUGUUUUUCCAAGAAUUUCUCAUAAAGUACCCAGUACUCCCACCAAGAUGAAUCAGAGAAAGCUACGAAAGGAUUUUAGAAUGUUUUGCUCAAUUUCAAUGGGUCAGCAAGGAAUCAGAAGAACUCAAUACAAGCAGGAUCACCUGUCUCAGACGGAAGAUGAUGCUAAAGAGUAUGUCAUAAAUUUGAAGGAGCAGCCAAAAUUUGACCAGAACCUUAAUAAGUGGUAUUGCUUUGAAAAUCAAAUCAAAGCAAAUAAGAAUAACAAACAUGGAAAGAACAUUCACAAAAAACUCAACCUUCGACUCCCUGGAAAUUCCAGGUUGGGUCAAAAAAAUUUUCUCCCUGCAUAUACAUUCAGAAAUCAGAAUUUGCUUGACUCUCUUAAUUGUAGAUAUGCACAAGGGGGAAGUGACAAUAUAUAUGAUUGGAAUGAAGCACUGGGAAACUUGGAUGUGUUUCAACAAUUUGACAUGGACUAUGCAAACCAACCAACUUAUGACGAAUUCUCAGACAAGAUAAUCAGUCAUCUUCCGUCUAAGCUCAAGUACUUCAGAGGAUUAACCAAAGAAAAGGGAAUCAAAUUUUCCAAACAGAUAUCAAAAUUUGAGACAAAAGUCCAAAACCAACAUAAUCUUUCUAUGUCCACCAAGGAGAAGUUUAAAUAUGAACCAUCAUAUCAGAAACUGAAGCAAUUGAAAACACAGGUUGUAAGGCAGCCUUUAAAUGGUUCCAAAAACUUGCUUGAAAUUGAAGGUAAAAACAUUUGUGAACCAGAUCUACUUGAAAAUCUCUAUGGAGCAAUUGCCUUUAAGGAUUUUAUUGUGCACAAGGGCUACAAGAUGCCAGGAAUACUCCAGAAGUUUUUUAUGAAAAAGGGAUGGGAUUACAACUCUGUUAAUACUCCUAUACCAAGUGUAUUAAAAAAUCAUGAAAUGAUUCUGCAAAAAAUGGAUGAUGAAGAUGAUGAAAAUUGUGGAAAGGAACUUGACUAA